AUGAUUUGGCAACUAACAUCUUAUUGGACAUCCCUGGUUGCACCCCUGAUUCUUAGUCUGCUUCUGCAGCCACUGCUGGCACAGCUUUCCACCGUCACACAGCCAAACAUUGUCCUGUUGAUGGCUGACGACCUCGGCAUAGGGGAUGUAGGUUGCUAUGGGAAUGAUACUAUUAGGACCCCAAACAUUGAUCGCCUGGCAAAGGAAGGAGUGAAACUGACCCAACACAUCACUGCAGCUCCCCUUUGCACCCCCAGCAGAGCAGCUUUCCUCACUGGCAGAUAUCCCCUCCGAUCAGGGAUGGAUGCUAUAAACAAUUACCGUGUUAUUUUUUGGAAUGCUGGCUCAGGAGGGCUUCCUCCAAAUGAAACCACUUUUGCCAAAAUACUGCAGCAGCAAGGCUACAGCACAGGACUGAUAGGGAAGUGGCAUCAAGGUGUUAACUGUGAAUCCCGCAAUGAUCAUUGUCAUCACCCUUUAAACCACGGGUUUGACUAUUUUUAUGGGAUGCCUUUUACACUAAUAAGUGACUGCCAACCAACAGAAACACCAGAGAUGGACAGAGUCUUUAGAAGCAAACUCUGGCUUUACACUGAGCUGAUUAGCCUCGUUACGCUCACUGCUGCCCUAGGAAGACUGACCGGCUUGAUUUCAGUCCACUGGAAAACGCUGGCCUGCCUUGCUGGGUUUAGUCUCUUGUUCUUUGUGUCCUGGUUCUCAAGUUACGGGUUUGUACGAUACUGGAACUGCAUUAUGAUGAGAAACCACGAAGUUACUGAGCAGCCAAUGGUGACAGACAGGACUACGUCCCUUAUCUUGAGAGAGUCCAUUUCAUUUAUUGAAAGAAAUAAGCACAAGCCAUUCCUCCUCUUCCUUUCCUUUUUACACUCCCACACCCCUCUCCUCACCACACAGAAGUUUCUUGGGAGGAGCCGCCACGGUUUGUAUGGAGACAAUGUAGAGGAGAUGGACUGGAUGGUUGGCCAGGUUCUAGACGCUAUUGAUAAGGAAGGCUUGAAAAAUACCACACUAAUUUACUUUGCCUCUGAUCAUGGUGGAUGGCUGGAAAGAAAAGAAGGCAAAAGGCAGCUGGGUGGCUGGAAUGGAAUAUACAGAGGUGGAAAAGCUAUGGGAGGCUGGGAAGGAGGAAUCCGAGUCCCGGGGAUAUUUAGAUGGCCAGGAGUGUUACCUGCAGGCACAGUUAUUGAUGAACCUACAAGCCUUAUGGACAUUUAUCCUACAGUAGUUCAUCUGGCUGGAGGGGUGUUACCCCAGGACAGGGUAAUUGAUGGCCGGGAUCUGAUGCCUUUACUGCGAGGAACAGUUGAGCACUCAGAGCACGAGUUCCUGUUUCAUUACUGUGGCAUUCACUUACAUGCUGUGCGGUGGCACCAGAAGGACAGUGGAGCCAUCUGGAAGGCUCAUUAUGUGACCCCUGUCUUCCGUCCACUCGGGGCUGGGGCUUGUUAUGAUAGAGGAUUUUGCCCAUGUUUUGGGGAAGGUGUGACCCAUCAUGCACCUCCGUCGCUCUUUUGACCGUCGCGAGACCCUUCAGAAGCCAAACCUCUGUCGGCUGACACCGAGCCCCUCUUUGACGCUGUAAUAAGGCAGAUGGGAAGAGCCAUAGAAGAGCAUCGCAGGACGCUGACUCCAGUCCCAGAACAGCUCUCCUUGUAUAAUGUCAUGUGGAAGCCGUGGCUGCAGCCGUGCUGUGGGACGUUCCCAUUCUGUUGGUGUGAUAAGGAAGGUGAUAAUAAACUUGCCAACCUAUAA